AUUUACUUACUUUUCCGCUUGGCCGCGCGACCGCCUUUUUUUUUUGCGCUAUUUCAAAGAUAAAUUUAUAAAGCCGGUAACGUGGUGAAAAGCAAUCAUGGCAGUAGAACAAGUAAGUGAUGGUGUUACCAAGGAGAUUUUGAUUCCAGGAUCUGGAGGUCGUCCUAAACCAGGGGAUACAGUUACUGUACAUUGUACAGGUUUCCUAAUAAAUCCAUCUAAAAAGUUCUGGAGUACUAAAGAUCCUGGUCAGAAACCAUUUUCCUUUCAGGUUGGAAUUGGACAAGUGAUCCAAGGUUGGGAUGAAGGAUGUUUGACGAUGCAAAAAGGUGAAACUUCCAGAUUCACUAUCAGAUCAGACAAAAGUUAUGGACCAAAUGGGUUUCCUGCAUGGGGUAUUCCACCAAAUGCUGACCUGCAGUUUGAAAUUGGAAUCUUGGCAAUCAAUGGCCAAUGAAAGUUCUGUCUUUUUUUCACCAUUAGUUAAAACAUCUUACCAUACCUUCAUCUCAGUUUUUUCUGUGUGGAGUAAUGAAUUGAAAUUUAAUGACUUUUUUUAAUAACAAUAUAAGAUUUAAAAUUUUCCAUUUUGAAAUAUACUAAGAUCAUGUUAAUUCUUUAUCUAUUUGUUCUUGAAUCAGGAAAUAAAAUUAAUGUGCAAAAGAAAA